GAAGUUAACGUAGCAUGCCAGCUGGACAGAGCCUGAACUCGGCCACACAGCGCUAGUAAGAGAGACGAAAUGUUUCAUGGACCCACAAUGUCCAGAUAAACCUGUCUAAAUGGACUCUGUGCUGUUCCCUUUAUUUGAACCUCGGAAUCAUCUCCUGGUGUCCUACGAAGCUAAUGAAGUUAGCUUGCUAGCUGGGAGUACAUGGACCUGAACGUAAAUACACAGCGCACUUCAAAGUAAGCAAACGGAUUUUAACGUUUCCUCCAGUCUGUCUGGAGGAAACGUUGCUGUGAUUUAGCGAGUAGAAAUGUCUAAACUUGAGUUCAGUUCAAAAGAGAAUCACCAACAACAGAAACUACUGGACGCUGUUUUAAACCCUGAAGUCCGGUUACACAGAGCAGACGUCCAGCAGCUGUCAGUGGUGAAAGCAGAGGUUCCCCGUGAGCAGCAGGAGUGGAGCUCCAGUCUGGACCAGGAGGACCCAGAGCCCCCACACAUUAAAGAGGAACAGGAGGAACUCUGGACCAGUCAGGAGGGAGAGCAGCUUCAAGGGCUGGAGGAGGCUGAUAUCAAGUUCCCGUUCACUUCUGUCCCUGUGAAGAGUGAAGAAGAUGAUGAAGAGAAAGCUCAGUCCUCACAGACUCAAACUGAGUCGAACAGAGAGGCAGAGAGAACAGAAGCUGAUGGAGAGGACUGUGGAGGACCAGAACCAAUCAGGAACUCAGAUCCAGAUAGUCCUUUACAACCAGCUACUCAUGACAAGACUUCAGACUCUGAAUCUGAGACUGAUGACAGUGUAGACUGGGAGGAGACUAGGGAACCUCAGUCAAUUUUAAACCCUCUGCAAAACAAUGAAGUAGCUGUAAGUGAUGUGGAAUGUAAUACUGGAAACACAUCAGUUAGCUCCUCUGAAUGUGCUGGAAGCUUUGGCCACAAGAAACAUCGACACAAACACUCUGGAGUCCAAACAGGAGGGAAACCAUUUAGUUGCUCAGUUUGUGGUAAAAGAUACCUUCUGAAGAAGUCCUUAACGACUCACAUGAGACUUCAUUCAGAAGAAAAAUGUUACACCUGCUCAGUUUGUAAAGCAAGUUUCUGUACGCCUAGCGAUUUGGUUAAACACAUGAGAAUCCACACAGGGGAAAAACCAUUUAGUUGCUCAUUUUGUAGUAAAAGAUUCACACAACAGGGAAAUCUGAAACAACACUUAACUGUCCACAUGGGGGAGAAGCCAUUUAGUUGUUCAGUUUGUAGUAAAAGUUUUGCACUAAAGGGAAAUCUGAAACAACACUUAACUGUCCACACGGGGGAGAAACCAUUUAGUUGUUCAGUUUGUGACAGAAGAUUCUCUCGGCUCAAUCAUGUCAAAAGUCACAAGUGUGUUGGUGAGAGGUGCUCGCUGAGACAAUUAGUCAAGUACUGAGUUCAAGUCUUUGUUCAACACUAAUCAGCUAUAAACUGUCAGACUUAUCCUCUCUAGGUUCACUGUACCGUGGACGGUAGGG